GGGCGUCCAGCCAGAGUGCAGGCUGCUCUUGGGUCCGGGACUGGGGUGGGGGCCGCUAUGGCCGGCAGCCCCGGCAGCGGGGCCUCCCUGGAGGUCAUAUCCCUGGGGUCCUCUGAGGAAGCCGACCUCCGAAGGAAAGGACCUGCCACAGCUGGCAUCUCCCUCCUCUGCUGGUGGGUGAUGGCCACACCUACCUCAGACCUCAGCGGCUGCUGGGGCCCAGCAUCAGCCAUGCAGCAAGUCCUGGACAACUUGGGAUCCCUCCCCAACGCCACGGGGGCCGCAGAACUGGACCUGAUCUUCCUCCGCGGCAUUAUGGAAAGCCCCAUAGUAAGAUCGCUGGCCAAGGCCCACGAGAGGCUGGAGGAGACGAAGCUGGAGGCCGUGCGGGACAACAACCUGGAGCUGGUGCAGGAGAUCCUGCGGGACCUGGCGCAGCUGGCCGAGCAGAGCAGCACGGCCGCCGAGCUGGCCCGCAUCCUCCAGGAGCCGCACUUCCAGUCCCUCCUGGAGACCCACGACUCUGUUGCCUCAAAGACCUAUGAGACGCCGCCCCCCAGUCCCGGCCUGGACCCCACGUUCAGCAACCAGCCGGUGCCCCCCGACGCUGUGCGCAUGGUGGGCAUCCGCAAGACGGCUGGAGAGCACCUGGGCGUGACAUUCCGCGUGGAGGGGGGCGAGCUGGUGAUCGCACGCAUCCUGCACGGGGGCAUGGUGGCCCAGCAAGGCCUGCUGCACGUGGGCGACAUCAUCAAGGAGGUGAACGGGCAGCCGGUGGGCAGCGACCCCCGGGCGCUGCAGGAGCUCCUGCGCAGCGCCAGCGGCAGCGUCAUCCUCAAGAUCCUGCCCAGCUACCAGGAGCCCCACCUGCCCCGCCAGGUGUUUGUGAAAUGCCACUUCGACUACGACCCGGCCCGCGACAGCCUCAUCCCCUGCAAGGAGGCCGGCCUGCGCUUCAGCGCCGGGCACCUGCUCCAGAUCGUCAACCAGGACGACGCCAACUGGUGGCAGGCCUGCCACGUGGAAGGAGGCAGCGCCGGGCUCAUCCCCAGCCAGCUGCUGGAGGAGAAGCGCAAAGCCUUCGUCAGACGGGACCUGGAGCUGACGCCCAACUCAGGGACCCUGUGCGGCAGCCUUUCAGGGAAGAAGAAGAAACGAAUGAUGUACCUGACCACCAAGAAUGCAGAGUUUGACCGCCACGAGCUGCUCAUCUACGAGGAGGUGGCCCGCAUGCCCCCUUUCCGCCGGAAAACCCUGGUGCUGAUCGGGGCUCAGGGCGUGGGGCGGCGCAGCCUCAAGAACAAGCUCAUCAUGUGGGACCCGGACCGCUACGGCACCACGGUGCCCUACACAUCCAGGCGGCCCAAAGACUCGGAGCGGGAAGGCCAGGGCUACAGCUUCGUGUCCCGCGCGGAGAUGGAGGCUGACAUCCGUGCGGGGCGCUACCUGGAACACGGCGAGUACGAGGGCAACCUGUACGGCACGCGCAUCGACUCCAUCCGGGGCGUGGUGGCCGCCGGCAAGGUGUGCGUGCUGGACGUCAACCCCCAGGCGGUGAAGGUGCUGAGAACAGCCGAGUUUGUCCCUUACGUGGUGUUCAUCGAGGCCCCCGACUACGAGACCCUUCGGGCCAUGAACCGGGCCGCACUGGAAAGUGGGGUGUCUACCAAGCAGCUCACGGAGGCGGACCUGAGGCGGACCGUGGAGGAGAGCAGCCGCAUCCAGAGGGGCUACGGGCACUACUUCGACCUCAGCCUGGUCAACUGCAACCUGGAGAGGACCUUCCGCGAGCUGCAGGCCGCCAUGGAGAAGCUUCGGACGGAGCCCCAGUGGGUGCCCGUCAGCUGGGUGUACUGAGCCUGCCAGACUGGACCUUGUCCCCUCCGGGCUGCGACCCAGACACCCGGGCCCAUCCCCUCCCCAGCCACGCCCCUCAGCCACGGUCCUUCGCUCCGGCCCCCGGGGAGCGGCUCCUCGCGGCCCCGGGUCUGGCUUCGGCGCGGAGGCUCGCACUGCCAGGGAGGUGGGUGUUCGUGGGGCACCUCUGUGCCCAGGUGCUGCCCCCUCCUGAUGCCCAUCGGCCACCAGAUGUUCCUCCCGGAGGCCCACGCGGUGCCCGGGACCGUGUCAGACCAGAGGCGGGGAGAGCUGCUUGGGGACCAUGUGGUCAGGAGGUGCGCGGCCCCUGCCACCGCUCUGCAGUCAGCUUCUCUCCUCUGGACUGGCCACAUCACCCUACUCCCGAGCUCCCCCCCUCACCCCUCUCCUCAGAGCAGGCCUUAGGCUUUUCCCCUGUGGCCAGGGGAGGGGCAGCCGCCCAGGGCAGCCAGGCGGGCCUGGGCAGUGGGGCCACCCUGGUGCCAUCCCGAAGGCCGCAGGAGCCAAAGCAGGAGCCGGGUGUCACCGCCGGAGCAGGGCGGCUCUCCACUCCCUGGAACGAGGCAGAGGCCCCCCACGGACACUGCCCUGUGGUUCCCUCGCCCACAGCUUUUCACUGCCGAAGUCUCUCCGCAGACCUCCCCCAUGCGCCCGGCAGGCCGGCAGGGGCAGCAGGCUCCACCAGGUCAGGGGCCGUGGGAGGCCGCGCCCUGACCCUAGGAGCCGGCUGCCCGGGGCCCGUGGUGGACGCACCGGGGCUCCCCGUUCCUGACCACUGUCCAUCGGGGUCUUUGCUCUGGCCAGGCCCACGUGUCAGGACUGUCGGGGGGCUCAGGGAGGCUGCGGAGGGGAGCUGUGAGCCCUGGGCCGCGAGUAUCGUGUCCUGACCGGCUCCUCACCGCCCAGUGCCAGGGGGUGGCGUCCAGACUCUUUCUGUGCCGUGUCCGUCCACAUGCGACCCCUGGUCUGGGUUUCCGCCACCGGCACUGUGUGUGUCAGGACUGGGUUUUGGAGAGGAGACGCUUUGGAGGUCACUCUCUGGGUCCCCGUUCCAGGGUUUCCCAUCAGCUCCCAGGUCUUAGGAGACACUUUCCCUAGAUUCUAGAGCCUUGUCCCGCCCGGAUGUCUUCCUCCAGUUCUUCUAUUGUCCCCUGACCCCGAGUGCCACUCUCCUGUCCUGUGAGGGCAACUGUGUAAAAUAGGAACACACCCCCCCUUUUUUUUUUUUU